CCUUGCACCCAAAUCCCAAAGCCUUGCACCCAAAUCCCAAAGCCUUGCCCAAAGCCUUGCACCCAAAUCCCAAAGCCUUGCACCCAAAUCCCAAAGCCUUGCCCCCAAAACCCAAAGCCUUGCACCCAAAUCCCAAAGCCUUGCACCCAAAGCCUUCCUUGCACCCAAAACCCAAAGCCUUGCCCCCAAAACCCAAAGCCUUGCACCCAAAUCCCAAAGCCUUGCACCCAAAAUCCAAAGCCUUGCACCCAAAACCCAAAGCCUUGCAUCCAAAUCCCAAAGCCUUGCACCCAAAUCCCAAAGCCUUGAAAGCCUUGCACCCAAAUCCCAAAGCCUUGCACCCAAAUCCCAAAGCCCUGCACCCAAAUCCCAAAGCCCUGCACCCAAAACCCAAAGCCUUGCACCCAAAACCCAAAGCCUUGCACCCAAAACCCAAAGCCCUG